AAAAAGGAAGUAGCGGCAGGAGAGAACGCCGGCGGUGACCGCGGCCACAGCGGUGACCGAGCGAGAGGAAGGUGGCGGCGGCGGCGGCGGUGGUGGCGAAAGUCGUUGCUGCUCUGGGUUCGAGUUUGGGAUUGAAGGCGGUACCGGCCGCCCGGAGCAGCCCGGGGGAGGGCUCAGGUGGAAAUACAGAAUUGCUUGGUGUCAGCACUGUUUCCAGCCAUGGGUUUGUCUCCGUCUACUCCUGCUGUUGCAGUUCAGGCCUCAAAUGCUUCAGCAUCCCCAUCUUCAGGAUGCCCAAUGCAUGAAGGGAAAAUGAAAGGCUGUCCAGUGAGUGCAGAGCCAUCUGACCCAACCUGUGAGAAGAAAAGAUACUCUAUGCCUGCCCACCAGGAACGCGCCUACGAGUACGUGGAGUGUCCCAUUAGGAGCACCACAGCUGAGAAUAAGGAGAACCUAGAUCCUUCAAAUCUGAUGCCACCACCCAAUCAAACACCAGCUCCAGAUCAGCCAUUUGCACUGUCUACUGUCAGAGAAGAGUCUUCCAUUCCCAGAGCAGAUUCAGAGAAAAAGUGGGUUUACCCUUCUGAGCAGAUGUUCUGGAAUGCAAUGUUAAGGAAAGGGUGGAAGUGGAAAGAUGAGGAUAUCAGUCAGAAGGAUAUGUAUAAUAUCAUUAGAAUUCACAAUCAGAAUAACGAGCAAGCUUGGAAGGAGAUUUUGAAGUGGGAAGCCCUUCAUGCUGCAGAGUGUCCUAGUGGUCCAUCAUUGAUCCGGUUUGGAGGGAAAGCAAAAGAGUAUUCACCAAGGGCACGAAUUCGUUCCUGGAUGGGGUAUGAGUUGCCUUUUGAUAGGCAUGAUUGGAUCAUAAACCGUUGCGGGACGGAAGUUAGAUAUGUGAUUGAUUAUUACGAUGGUGGCGAAGUCAACAAGGACUACCAGUUCACCAUCCUGGACGUCCGUCCUGCCUUGGAUUCGCUUUCGGCAGUAUGGGACAGAAUGAAAGUCGCUUGGUGGCGUUGGACCUCGUAAAGCACUGUUUGAGAUGGAAAAAUAUAAACUAUUUUUCUGAGAGAUACAUUAAACUAUUUUCCCCAAAUUGAAUUGCACUUAUGAUAUAAUGGUAACUUCAAGUGGGUAAUCACACUUUAUCCUUCAUUUAGCGAAGGAUACUAUGCACUACUCACUUUUGAAUUGCACUGUACCUUGCAGUUUAUAGCAGAUCAUUUUGUUUUCUUCCUACUUAGCUUAAGUGGGAAGCAGUACCUCAGUUUUUCCUUACCUGCAGUAUUGCCUGUGUGUUUCAUCUAGUAAAGCUGGAACAACCUCUGAAAAAGAGCUUUUAAAAAGUGAUGAAAACUGCUUUUUUUUUUUUACUGUUUUCUCAGGAAUACUCAAGAUGUAAAACCUGAGAGUCUGCAGUGAUGCUCAGGAGCUUUCAUCUGGCCAAAUAUUUUAACCAAAACUGUUUAUUAUAAAUGAGAGGUAGUUAUGCCUUUUUUUUAAAAGUUACUAUUAUUUCUAAAGUUCCUGUGAUAUGAUUGUGACCUUUAACAAAAUGCAAAGUUAUAUACUGGAAAGGUACUCAGCAAAAUUCUCUCCAAAUUCUGAUUUAUAUGAAUGUCUUGGACUAGACCUUGUUAUAGAGUACUUUCAACUACACUAUGCUCUGGAACAUACCUUUUAAAAAAAUGUUCCGUUUAAUUCCUGUUAUUCUGAUACGUAACUGUGCUUCCAACAAACAGAUCACCUCAUUGUCUUUGGCACUUGACAAGUUAUCCCAACUUCGAAUCUCAUUCCUUCUUCUGCUGGCAGCCUCCACCCUCCCCACAACCCCUAUAAGUUGGCCUAAUUCAAACCUUGAAAGUGUGGCGUAAGUCCCAGGAUCGGUGAUGGUCUCCGGUGAAACAUGAUUUUAUAUUUGGCUGAGUGUUAAAAUUCCUAAGAUGAGUGUUUUUCUGAGAUGAAGAAUGUUUGCAUCAACUCAGUUGGUCUAGAGGUUUUUGGUUUGUUUUAAGGAAGCUCUAAGUUUGCCAUUGACAUUUUUUGUACCAGUAAUCCAUAAACUGGUUGUUCUAAUUAUAGCAGCAUGUUACAAAUGACUGCUGGUUUCUUUUAAACUGUCUAUACUAUUAAAGCCUUUGAUUUACUCUGAAUGCUGUAGUGUUAAAUUAGUGGAUGAAAUUGGCAGCCUGUGAUUAAUUUGGUAUGGAUUUGUCAGUUUUGUGUGGAGUUUAAGAAAUACAAUAGCCUUAAACUCUACAUUUCAAAAUACUUGUGUAUUUAAAAAUAAAGCUGAUAGUUCACAGGU